ACUACCGGAAAAGUUUGUUCGCAUUGCUCGUCCUUUAAGCGAAAAAAGAGGAACGUCUUCCCCUUGAUCCGGCAGCAGUGUGGCCGAUUCCAAGUGAAGUACACUGCGUGAAUUUAUGUGUCAGUUUUACAAGAUCUAAGAAUGUUUAAGAAAACCAGCGCGCAAAGCAUAGCACGGGGCGUUUCUUUUUUUUUCGUAACAUGAUGAAGACAAGUGAAGUGUACACAUCAUGAUGAUGCCAUGCAUGCAUGGCUCGGACUUACUCACAAGUUGGGCCCCAACAACAUCAAACUACGAGCUUUUUAACUAAUAACUGCAGAGCAAGUUUACGCUGUUCUCGGAGCUGGAAUUACCGCGGCAUAGUAAAAGAAAAUAAACAGCAAGACUAAAGUAAAGUAGCUAUCUGGCAGCGACGCGUCGAAGCGCGGCUGGUGGUGCGAGAUGCUGCCCGGCGCCGCCGGUGCUACGCUGCCGCUCAGACUGCUGGGGCUCCGCGCGGCCGCCAGACUUUCGGGCUUCCAGCAAGCGAACGUGGUCAUCCUGCACGAGACGCUCGCCGAUGACUUCGAAGCGUUCUGUCGCGCCAACCGCGGCCCCCUGCCCCUCCUGUACCGGAGUAAGCCUGGGGAGUGGGGCUGCUCCCCCCUCGCGGAAAACUCGGACAUCAGAGUGGACUGUGCGCAGUACUGCGUGUUUGAGAACGGAGCCCUGGCUGCCAAGGUGUCCAGCCUGACACCGUACACGGCGCAGCUCCGGGACAUGGUCACCUUCUACCUGGGCUGCAGCUUCAGUUUUGAGCAGAUUUUGAAGGCCGCCGAGGUUCCGGUGCGGAACGUGGAACAGGGUCGCAACGUCAGUAUGUUCAGGACCUCGGUGCCGUGCGUCGAGGUGGGAAGCUUCCGGUGCCCCAUGGUGGUGUCGAUGCGGCCGAUACCGGCCGAAAAGCUGGAUGCGGCCGCGCGGGCCACGCACCUGGCCCCUCUGUCCCACGGGGCGCCCGUGCACAUUGGAGACCCAGCUCUGCUCGGCAUACGGGACGCGUCCCAGCCGGACUACGGCGACCCGGUGGUUCCAGCCCCGGGAGAUGUGCCCGUGUUUUGGGGCUGCGGGGUGACGGGUGUGGAGGCCGUCCGGAGCUGCAAAACCCCUCUGGCUUUUACCCACGCUCCCGGCUGCAUGUUCCUCAGCGACCAGGAGAUGUUCGCUGCAACAUCUACAACAGACCCAAGACAGCGCCCACUGACCUUCAGCAUCUCCCAGAAGCCCCUGCGCUUCAGCCUGGUGUCCGAGGCAGCUGUUCAUCAGAUCAGAGCCCUAGAGAAACUUAUUGGGGAAGAUCCAGGGGAGAGGGGCAUCCAGGCCCUGUUUGUCCAGGACGAGCUACUCAAAUCCUGCCUGUCCCUGUCCCACGCCUCUUCCGUGCUCAUCACCACCGGCUUCCCUACACACUUCCAGCACAACCCACCAGAGGAGACGGACGGACCCCCCGGUGCCAUCGCCAUGGCAGCUAUGCUUCGGGCCCUGGGGAAGCGAGUGGCCAUGGUGACCGAUCGCCGAGCCCUGGACAUGAACCGUCGAAUCAUGGAUGACGCGGUGCAGAAGGGUAUAAUACAGACCGCAGUCCCACUGCUGAGCUUCCAGGAGUCUUCCCCAGAGUCAGCACUACAAUUUUUGUGUCAUGAUGGGGACCCAAACAAGCCAAGGUUUGACCACUUGGUGGCAAUAGAACGCAGUGGCAGAGCUGCAGAUGGAAAUUACUACAACAUGAGGGCCAUUAACAUCAAGCACCUGGUGGACCCCAUAGAUGACCUCUUCACCGCAGCCGCUUCCAUCGCAGGGAUCGGCACCACAGGGAUUGGCGACGGGGGAAAUGAGCUGGGCAUGGGGAAGGUGAGGGGCGCCGUGCGGGCGCACAUGCCCAAGGGGAACCUCAUCGCCUGCGAUGUAGCCGCCGACUACGCCAUCACGGCAGGAGUGUCCAACUGGGGAGGCUAUGCCGUGGCCUGCGGCCUGUACCUCCUCAAUGCCUGCCUGGUCCACGAGCGGUAUCUACGCAAGGGACUGGGGACCCCUCCCUCCCCCCAGCAGCUGGAGACCUGGGCAGCCAGCCUGCCCACAGUCGCCAAGGAGGAGGAGUUCCUGGCCAUCCUGGUGAAGCACGGCGUCCGCAGCGGAAAAACGGCCAAUUUGGCCCUGGAGGUGGACGGGCUGCCUUUCCACCCGACCCACUCCACCAUCAUCCGGAAGAUGCGGGAGCUCGCGCUGUAGCGCAGGAUUGCCUCCUCAAGCUGCAGCUGGCCUUUCUUCCUCCGUCUGACUUUGGCGAUUACGGCGCGCUGAUGCACCGUCUGUACGAAUGCUCACAGGCUGCAGUUUCAUGAUGUGUCCAGGACCAGACAGAAAUACUCAUUUAUUCAUUUACCUGAUUGUUUUUCCUCCAAAACAACUUACAAUUAUUUACCCAUUUACAGUUGGGUAAUUUUAGGGUAAGUACCUAACCCAAGAGUACUACCUCCCUGAUUUGGAACCUUUGCACCCAAAGGCAGCAGCUGUAACCACUAUGCUAUCAGCUGCCUGAGGUUGACCACUAAACAUGCUGAUCAUUGUCAUUAAUGUCCUGUCGCGUGUCUAGUAUUGCAGGUUGCCUUGGAAAAAGGCGUUAGCUAAAUACAACUUCAUAACACUGAGUAAACGCAUGGCUUUUUGGCAUUAACUUCUUCAGUAGAACAAGAAGAACAUUUUCCUGCAAGCUGAAACUAGCGCUUGUAACAUUUCCACACACAGUUACUGGUGUUGGCUUGCAGCAUCAUGCAAGUGGUUUUCAGGGUUUUUGAGUCAUUUCUGGGUGCCUCGUUAGCAUUUCUAUUGAGCAGCUGUAAAUGGUAAUAGUCAUACCCCCACUUGCUGGAUGAAAGAACACACUGAUCACACCCUAGAUGUAUUCCAGUGGGUACCGCUCUGUACCAGGAUCCAAGUGCUGCUCUCUCCUGCUAAGGGGGGGAGGGUUGGGGCAAUUCUUAGGUAAUAUCACAACUCUGAAAUUCCUACUUACUGGAGAAACUGCUCAGUCUUUUGUCCUUCCUUUCAGCUCAGAACACACUAGACUUGUCUUUCCACUACCUAAAUUUUUAAAUGGAUGUAAUAAAUACAAUAUUGUGGAUCAUGAAAUUAAAAUGUUAUGGUUGAACUUCCAUAAUUCAUGUAUUGAUUGUUCCCAUGCAAGAAAUGAGUUCAAAACAGAACCUCAAUGUUCCAUUGCAGCCUCGUGUUACCCG